GAAGAAAGCUGCACUCGUAUUUCUCGAUAAACUUCACAUAUGUUGAAAGUUCUGAUAAAUAUGAAUACAACCCUUGUAAGCCAUUCAAAGCAACCGUUAACAAUGGAGAAUGUGCUAAAAUCAAAGACUUAGCUCUUAGCCUGUCAACUGACGACUGCCGGGUUCUAGGAGAGCAGAGUACUGCAGCGUUUAAAGGGGACACAAAUGAUGAAGGCGGCAUCUAUAUACACUACCAGUACAGUAACAUAACUACUAACAAUGGAAUUAUUAAAAACAUAACUAGGAUUUCUGAGGUCCACAUGCUCUGUGACAAAACGCAGACAUUUUUUAUGAAAGAAAUGGCUCGCAACCUUGUCUCUGUUACUUAUAAAUUUCAUCUUCUCACCCCAUAUGCCUGUAAACCAGUCCACCACACCCUAAGUACAGGUUCAAUACUCCUCAUUCUUUUCCUUCUUGCCUUUAUAAUCUAUCUUCUUGCUGGAUUUGCAUUCAAGCAUUUUUAUCUCGGGGCUCAAGGUGUUGAGAUUAUCCCUCACUACACAUUUUGGAGUGAUUUCCCACUUUUGGUUAAGGAUGGCUGUUCCUACACUUUCCGAUGUUGCCGAGGUCCGUCCGCCUAUGAAAGGAUUUAAUGUCAGAGCCUUCCACUUUGUCCGGCUGUUCUUCUAUGCCCUAUCAACCCCCACACUUCUUUUUUUUUUUUUUUUCUUUUCUUAAAUUUUCCAAACUCUGUGUCUGUCUUCAGUUCUUGCUGGAAUCAUCUCUACAACUAUUUUCUUAUUGUCUGCACUCCACCACCACCAUCAUUAUCAUCACCAUCAUGAUCAUCAAUCAUAACGGUGCUCUUCCAUAUUGUGAACGUAGUAGGAGGAGGAAGAAGAAGAAAAAGAUGACCCAUCAUCUGACAAUCAUUUCUUUCUACUACUACUACUACUACUACAUCUGCUCCUUUAGGGUAACCAACCUCUAUUUGGUUUAAAAUAAGGGGUGGAGAAGAAAGCUAAAAUUACACUUUGCUGUCAUUCAACACACACACACACACACACAUGAUCUCAAUAUAGAUCUCCAGCCUGACACUUCAAAGCCCUGACAUUUCAGGUCCCAUCCCGCCAACACUACCCUGUCAUACUGCCUUCACUCUAUGCUAUUACCACCCUACGUUCCACCCUGAUUCAAGGAGCCUUAGCCUGUAAGAAAAUAUACAAACUCUACUCUGGAUGUUGAGUACGUUUUUCCUUCUUAACACAUUCAUUCAUUCGCAUACAUAUCUAUAUAUAUAUAUAUAUAUAUAUAUACACACACACACACACACACACACACACACACACACACACAUACACGAGU